AUGAAGUGGAUUUUAGUAGCUGCCCUUGCCGUGUGCAUCCUCGCACCCACCGCGGACUGCACGUCUGAGACAGUUGCCUGGUGUUAUCACCUCCCAUCGUGCAAUGCCUCCACCUGGCCAAAAAUUUCUCCCCAGUAUUGCAACGGCACCCGACAGUCACCCAUUAACAUAGUCUCAGCGUCUGCCAAACUGAACGCCAACCUGACUGAAUUCACUUUUGUAAACUAUGACAACAAGUCUGCGAUGAAAGCCAUAGAAAAUACUGGUGAAACAGUUAAAGUGACCCUUAACAGUGGAGUCCAGAUUUCAGGAGGGGACCUAUCCGAGAACUACGACAGUCUGCAGUUCCACUUGCACUGGGGCAACGGCUCCUCUGUCCCUGGCUCAGAGCAUACAGUGGAUGGAGUGCGCUAUCCUAUGGAGCUGCAUAUUCUGAACAGCAAGUCAUCCUACAAUGGGAAUACAACUCAAGCCGUUAAGGACUCCACCGGACUUGCUGCUCUUGGUUUCUUCAUUGAGGUAAUGCCAGGCAACUCAUCUGGCAAGCCUGAAAGCUGGUACAAUUUGACCUCUUACUUGGCCAACAUCACAACAAAAGGCCAGUCAGUUCCGAUUGCAGCUGGGUUUUCACUGAACGAUCUGCUCGUUGGGGUGGAUCGCUCUAAGUAUUACCGCUACCUUGGGUCCUUGACCACCCCGUCUUGUAAUGAGGCGGUGGUCUGGACUGUUUUUAAGGAACCAAUUAAAGUCAGCAGAGAUCUGAUUGACCUCUUCAGCACUACAGUGCGCGUCAACGACAGCAUGUCGGAACACAUAACAGAUAUCUACAGAUAUCUGCAGCCAGCGCAGCCAGUCUCAACACAGAAUAACAGCGUCACCACCAACUCCGCCUCCACAGCAUGUUUCUCAUUGGGCCUGCUACUCAGUCUUGCACUGGGAAGUUUAGUAUGCACAUACAGUCUUUCCCCAUCUAAGUAA